GGAGAAGACUUCAGAGGUACCUUCACUAUUGGUUUAUUCGGCGAUUCAGUUCCCAUGACAGCUCUUAACUUCGCUGGAAUAUGUAAAGGUUUCAAAAGAGGCAACAAAGGACCUAAACUUCACUACAAAAACACCUACUGCCAUCGAAUUGUUAAAGAUAUGUUAGUCCAAUGUGGUGACGUCACUAUUGGUGAUGGAACUGGAAGCAAAUCAAUCUUCGGUGAUAAAUUCAACGACGAAAACUUCGUCAUCAGCCACAGCAGUGCCGGUAUUAUCUCAAUGGCUAAUCAUGGACAAGACACCAACGGAUCACAAUUCUUCAUCUUAUUCACCAGAGCUAGAUAUCUUGACAAUAAACACGUCGCUUUCGGAAAGAUCGUCAAAGGAUACGUAAGUAUUUCAAUAUUUCAAUCUGUC